AUGGCCCCCACCACUUCCUACCCGACGUCGGCCGCUGUGGGCAGCGUCGUGGAUUCCUCCACCUCCAGGACAUCUGAGUCCAGCGCCAAGCUGCUCUUCGAGGCCGCGACGGACCCGAACACUGCGUCGGCCAUCAACACGGGCAUGGAGUUCCACGCUGGGCCUGGCUACUCGCCCUUCACGCUGGACAAGGGCUUCGUGGCCGGCUUCGAGCGCCAGACACCGCCCUUCGGCUUCAACGGCCUGGGCGAGCUCGUGUACAUGCGCACGUACUCGCGCGUCAAGGCCGACGGCACCAAGGAGCGCUGGUUCGAGACCGUGGAGCGCGUGAUCAACGGCACUUUCACCAUGCAGAAGAAGUGGCUACAGCAGCUGGGCCAGCCCUGGAACCAGGACGAGAUGACCCGCGUCGCCCAGGAGAUGUACACGCGCGUGUUCCAGAUGAAGUUCACGCCGCCCGGACGCGGCCUCUGGGCGAUGGGAUCGCCGAUCACGGAAGAGCGCGGGCUUUACGCGGCGCUGAACAACUGCGCCUUCGUCUCGACGGCGGACAUUCUCGAGCUCGAGACGCCCGCGGAGCCCUUCUGCUUCCUGAUGGAGGCGGCUAUGCUGGGUGUUGGCGUGGGGUUUGACACCAAGGGAGCUGGCAAGUUGCUCGUCCAGGGCUGUGACGAGACCAAGGCGAACGUGUACGCUAUUCCGGACUCUCGUGAGGGCUGGGUCGAGUCGGUGAAGAUGCUGCUCGAGGCACACUUCCUGCACCAGCCCGCGCUCAAAUUCGACUACUCGUUGAUCCGCCCUGCCGGUGAGCCGAUCAAGGGCUUCGGUGGCAUCAGCUCCGGUGCCGGCUCGCUGAUCGCCUUGCACGAGGCCAUUGAGUCGAUCCUCAAGCCGCUGGCCGGCAAACCGUUGACUGCGCGCGGCAUCGUCGACAUCAUGAACCAAAUGGGCGUGUGCGUGGUCUCGGGUAAUGUGCGACGCACUGCGGAGAUCGCCUUCGGUAACUACAACGACGAGGAGUACGUCGACCUUAAGAACUACGAGAAGAACCCGGACCGCGCUGCGUACGGCUGGACGUCGAACAACAGCAUCUUCGCGGACAUUGGCAUGGACUACAAGCCCAUCGCUGAGCGUAUCGUGCGCAACGGUGAGCCUGGGUUCGCGUGGCUCGAGAACAUGCGCAACUACGGUCGCAUGAACGGGUUCAAGGACGACCGUGACCGCAAUGCUUCGGGUGGUAACCCGUGCUUGGAGCAGACGCUGGAGUCGUACGAGAUGUGCUGCCUCGUGGAGACUUUCCCGUACAGCCACGACAGCCUCGAGGACUUCCUGGAGACCCUCAAAUACGCCUACAUGUACGCGAAGACGGUCACGUUGGGCCAAACGCAGUGGCCACGGACCAACGAAGUCAUGCAGCGCAACCGCCGCAUUGGCUGCAGCAUGUCGGGAAUCGCGCAGUUCAUUUCGAACCGAGGCCUGAACGAGUUCCAGCGCUGGUGCGAGGCUGGCUACGACCGCAUCCAAGAAGUGGACAAACAGAUCUCGGCUCGCUUUGCCAUCCCGCGGUCCAUCAAGACCACCUCCAUCAAGCCCAGCGGCACCGUGUCACUGCUUGCCGGUGCUACGCCGGGCAUGCACUACCCUGAGAGCCGAUUCUACAUCCGCCGCAUGCGGCUGGACAAGCACUCGGACCUGCUAUCAGCGCUUCAGCGUGCGGGCUACGAGAUCGAGCCUGCCCAUGAAGCCCCAGACUCGACGUUGGUUGUAUCCAUCCCUGUGGACGUGGGCAAGGGCGUACGAACGCUGUCCGAUGUGUCAGCGUGGGAACAGUUCGCGCUGUCGGCGUUCCUGCAGCGCUACUGGGCGGACAACCAGGUGAGCUGCACCGUGACGUUCGACCCCAAGACGGAAGGCCCGCAACUCGCGCGCAUGCUGGACUACUUCCAGUACCAGCUCAAGGGCAUCAGCCUGUUGCCCAAGUUGGAGCUGGGCGCGUACAAGCAGAUGCCGUACGAGGAGAUCAACGCGCGCACGUACCACACGAUGAACCAGAGCAUCGAGCCUCUGCAGUUCAACGUGAUUCAGUCCACCGAGACGGUCGUCAACGUCCCCGACAAGUAUUGCGAGGCCUGUGUGACGGACCCCUAA